GGGGAACUGUAAAGUUUCAAAGUAAGGUAAAGGGUCUCAUUCUAGACAGUCACCAGUGUAGAAACAUGUCCACUAAACCUAUAUAAAACAAGGUAAUAAUAUAUAGGGAAAACUAUCAAUUUGACUCUCGUACUAUGGGCGAACCGUCAAUUACGUCCUCGUACUUUAAAAACACUCAAUUUAACCGUUGAACUCCAAAAAAAACGCCCAAUUAAACCCUUUUACCCGGUAACCAUCCCGUUUCCCGUUAACACAUCUCAUGUGGCAGGCCACGUGGUGGCACACAUGGCAUUUCCUUUUUCUUUUUCUUUUCUUUCUUCCUCAGCAAUUGUACGCCUCACCUUUCCUUUCUUCUUUCUUGUACGCAGACAGCUCCCAUUCUUCAGAGCACACCCCGGUCAGGCAACAAACAAGGAGCAACUUCGCCGGAAUCGAACAGAGAUGAACACGAUGUCUGCCGUAUUCACUAUUGGAGGCUACUGCCCAUCGGACUCAACCUCAAUGUCGCCGGAAAUCUCAUCGCAUCCGGAAUCCGCCCGGGAAAAGAAGAAACGAACAGAAGAAGCCAAAGAGGGAUUCCGUUCGAGCAGUGCAGAUGCGGUUCUCCAUCGUCUCCCUCUCAAAGUCUCCGUCUGAAAACAUAAGAAGAGGCACCAAGAUCCGCCGGACGGCCGGAGUGUAACCAUCAAUGUCGUCGCCCUCCAAUUACCCUCGUAUUCCACCAGUUAAUUUCAUACAAAUUCUGAGAGAGAAGACCACUAAGUGAAAGAAAAGGGGCGGCAGGCUGCUGGAGCCCUAAAGAGAAAAGAGGGAUAUAGAGUUGCAGGCUUGAGGCGUGAAACCUGGGAGAAAGAGGAGGAAGAAAGAGAGAAAGGAAAGAGGAUAGAGAAAAUAAAAAAGAGAAAACCAAAGGGAAAAAAGAAAAAGGAAAUGCCACCUAGCCUGCCAUGUGAGAUCUUAACCAGGAAACCGGAUGGUUACCGGGUAAAAGGACAUAAUUGAGCGUUUUUUGGAGUUCAACGGUUAAAUCGAGUGUUUUUAAAGUAUGAGGGCGCAAUUGACAGUUCACCCAUAGUACGAGGGUCAAAUUGAUAGUUUCUUCCUAAUAUAUAUGCCAUAUAUAUCAAAUCUAUAAUUCUAUUGAAAUAAUUACAUAAAUAUGAC